AUGCCGACGUCGCUGACGCGGGCGGGCGCGCGCGCGACGCCGUCGACGCUCGGCGUCGAUCCCGAAGACGUGCUCCAUCCGCGCGUGCGCGAUCUGCUGCACGGCGACGUCGUGCGCGUGGGCGCGCCGACGCCGAGCGUCAUGAAGCAGCGGUUGCGAAACAAACUGUGGAAACUCGUCGUGUUGGCGAUCGCGAGCGUCGUGCUGUGGGCGCUGCAGGGGGCGAGACAGGCGCGCGAGGGCGCGUGGGCGCGAGGGGAAGGGGUCGUCGAGCCGAUGGCGGUGCGGUUCGCGAGAAAGGGGGCGUUCGGGGGGGGGGCGAAAAUCGUGCACUGA